AUGGCGUUCUUCCAUUUUCUCAAUUGUUUGGGCCUCGCUUACGCUCCUUAUGUCAUUGUGUACAAAUACUCAGGGUUAAACGAGUACAGUUCUGUUUGGAAAUGCGUUCAAUCAGCUAUAGGUUACUUCUUGACGCAACUGGUCAAGCUUCUGCUUUUGGCUACCUUCUUCCCAGAUAGCGAUGAUCAUGAUGAAUUCGCUUUCCUCCCUGAACUUCUCAAGAGUGUAGCUGACGUUGUUGAUGUAAUCGGGUUGCAUGUUGUCAUGAGCAACAUUCUCACAGGAACUGGACAAGUUCGGUUCUUAUCUGGAGGAUUAGGCUGGGGCUUCGCUCAUUCAAUAGCAAGUCGACUGAUUAUCUUCUGGGUUGGAGCUAGAGCUUCCGCCUUCUCAUGGCGUUGGAUUCAAACCGCUUUCGACUCUUCUUCUGACUUACUUCUGUUUUUGUCAAUGGCUGCACUAACAUGGAUGGCUGCUCGUAAUGGUCAUCGUGGAUUAAUCGCUGUUUUCUUGUCAGCUGCUGUUCUCCAUUCGUUUGCUUAUGAACUGUUUUACUCGGUUUUCCAUAUUACCUCCUGGUCACUUGUUGUUGCUCGCUUUGUUUAUACUGCUCUUGUUUCUGCCGGUACCAUUUUCACAUACGCCAAUUGGGGCACUCAACCAAUGAAGCGGGAUUGA